AUGCACCCGCCUUCGUCACCGUCAUCGUCUAUGCAAGAAGCUGUGUCGUCGUCGUCCGGGCAACAUCAGCUUCAGAAUCAGCACUCGCUCAUGCAAAGACUUUUGAUGGGCGUAGGUAGCACGCAAACGGCGAGCAGCGCAAGAAAUGGAAUCGAGGACAUCGCUGCACGAUUACAUAAACAGAAUGGAAACGCGACGAUCAGUGCAUCCACCGGGAAUGGAUACUAUUCGCCCGAAAUCUCAUCACCAUGGGGUGAUCAAGUGCUUAGCAUUUCCAACAACACUCCUAUGAUGCAUUUAACGUGCUUAGAAUGUGGCAUUAACAAGAACAAUAGUGAGGAUAUGGAGGUCCAUUUGAAGCGAGAACAUCUCAACUGGCUGCCUUUCCAAUGCCCUAUUUGUUUAUCGGAAAGAGCAUCGGAUGCGGAAAUGAGAGAACAUCUUCAUUCUUCACAUCGAAAGAAUAUGAAUAAGUUCAUAUAUGUGGACAACGUCACCGCAAAGCGUUCGCUGCAACUCAUGAUGGAUCGUGCUUUAUCGCAUGCGAUGGCUCGCCGAGCGAAUAGCAGUCAUCACGGAAGCGGGCGGAUGUCCUCGACGACGACGAUAUCGCCGCCAGCAGCAGCCGUCAAUCACUUUGCCGCUGCGAUGAAAGCACAUGAUGUGAAACUACCAUGUUUGGAACGAUCUCAUACUUCUCCUGUCGAGGUGCCGGUAGCUGUAAACACUGGUUCACGGAAACGACAUAUUGAUGAAUCAUUGUCCACAGGGAACACAAAUACGGAUGCCCUUUUGGCCAGUAUUAGUCGGGCUACGAGCUCAGGAAUUGUAGAAGGAGAAGUGACAGACGAUCUAGAUAUCAUGCCUAUGUUCAAUAAUAAGAGAAUAAAGUCGGAAUUCGAUGGAGGUGACCACGAUCAAGAUGACGGUGCUAUGAUUGACGAUAGCAUUCUCGACAAUCUGAAUCCUAUCUCUGUUCUGGACAACGUCGCUGCUCUGUUUGCAUCCGACGGUCGGAUCGAAGAUGCCUACGCGGACCCGCAUCCAGAGAAAACAUCGAAAAGUCAAAGUGCGAAGGCUUUGAGCAGCGCCAUAUCGAAGAAGCGAGUGCUUGGAGAGUGCAGCAAAUGUCAGAAACCAGUCACUGCAGGAGCACGUCAGAUGCAUAUGUUUUUCCACUUGGCCAAAGACCAUGGAACAUUCCGCUUCCGUUGCUUGUUCGAAGGAUGUACCGUUGAACAUUAUCGCAAGGAUCAGAUGGAAAACCAUCAGUCGAAAAUUCAUGGAAAGAUAGAUCCGGAAAUGAUGGAGGACAGAUCUCUUGAGCUGUUUCAUCGAUGCCAGGAGUUGAACCAUGAACUAUUUCUGGCCCAUAAAAACAAUGCUAGCAACAGUGCUGCUGCAGCGGCAGCAGCCGCCGCUGCAAAAGCAGCAGCUGCUGCAGAAAACGCGAAUUCGUCGCAGCUACAGCAACAACAACCACAACAACAACAACAGCAACAGCAACAACAACAGGAGUUAUCUAUGGAAUUGCUGGGGACAAAAAACGGAAGCACCCCAGGCCCAACGGCCGCUAAGGCUGAAGCUGCCUACAAUGCUCAAUUAGCUCAGAAGGAAAGGAACAGUAAAAAUGCCCCGGCACCACCACCAAAGCCUACUCCAGCCACUACUGUGGUCCCAAGACCAGUUCCAGAUGAGGAGCACCCUUUAGAAUGUCGCCUUUGUCAUAAGACAAUGCAAAAUAGGAUACGUGGUUUUCACAUCCUUUGGCAUAUGGCCAAAGAUAUGGGCAUCAAUCGAUACAUUUGCCGAGUUUGUGGUUUCGGACACGAUCGAUCUCAGUCGGUGCAGGUGCACGGCAAGAAAGAACACGGCACGGAAGAUGUUGUACAAGAUCGUAUAGGAGAAUAUUCUGACGAGGUGAAGCAGAUGUCGGAGCAAUGUUUUGGAUUUCAAGCCCUCUUUGCCCAGGAGAAUAAGCGAAGGAGCAAGAUUCCGACGGCCGCAACUGGAAAAUUGAAGAAUACAGUAGAUGAAGACGAUACUGUUGACGAUUUGACGUUAGAGUUAGGUCAAGAUUUGCAGGGUGAACUAGAUGAUCCCGAUGCUACACCAGAAGAGGAACCAGAGGAUGAACAAGAUGUCUAUGAGGAUGAAGAAGAGGAACGGGAUUCAAGUGCCUCAACAAAAGUCCGGAGUAAAAAACGCCAAAGUCGUUUCCCACGAUUUGGUCUUAGACGACCAAAAUCGAAGAGCAAAAGAACGGAAAUGGCUAAAUUGAGAGAGAUCAGUAUGUUGCUGGGAGGAGCUCAAUAUUUUAAGAAGAAACUCUCAGAGGCUGCACAUUGUGAGAAAUGUGGGAAAAUCACCAACUCGCGUAUGAGCGAACAUGCGUACACACACAUGGAAGAGCAUUUGUUCUUGUGUCCUCUCUGUGACUUGGGUCACCAGUCCCGUGAACUAGUCAUACGACAUAUUCGCGAGAUUCACGAAUCAGAUGAUCGACCAGUUGAUAACCGAUUGAAACAUGCGAAAGAUAUCAAAGCGAUGAUCCGAGAAUGCUAUCCGGCUUACUUUGUGGACGCACCGAUCCCAACGCAACAGGAUAUUGAGAAGCUUAAACAACAUAUGGGUGCGACAGCAUCUUCUAUGAUAGCUGGGUUAGACGAUGAACCUAGCGAUGGUGUUGAUGACGAAGAAGGUGGAGACUACGAGGACGAUUCAGCAUCAGAGCAGAAACUCGUUCUUGAUGAUGAAGGUGGACUGGAGAUUGAAAGAGAAGAUGAAGAAGAACCUGAGGAUGAAGAGUACGCUGAGUGA